AUGAAGCUUGGUACGCUGCACCCCGUCACCUGUCUGCACUACUGCAACAAACCCACGCCCACAGCCACCACAACCACCGCCUCCUCCACCAAUCCCCUGGCCUGUGUGACCACAUCCACAUCCAGAUGGCUAAUUGGCGAGGAGGUGCGGAUCUCUGGGGAGCUCAUUCCAGACGAGUCCUGCUGCCUGAGUCACUGUAAAGGUGACGUGUUUGGUGACGUCUUCUGGAAAGAAACCACCCUGGCGCAUGCGUGUGCUAAUGUCAGAGCGCUAACGUACUGCGACCUCCACGUCAUAAAGAGGGAAGCCUUGCUCAAAGUGCUGGAGUUUUACACCGCCUUCGCCAACUCCUUCUCCCGCAACCUCAUCCUCACCUGCAACCUGCGCAAGCGGAUAAUUUUCCGCAAGAUCAGUGAGGUGAAGAAGGAGGAAGAGGAGAGGCAGCGAGCGAAGAACGAGGUGCAGCUCACCAUCCCGCAGGACCAUCCCGUGCGGAAGCUUUUCCAGAAGUUCAAGCAGCAGAAGGAGCUCCGCAACCAGGGAGCCGCAGCCGCCUCGCAGCUGGACGUGGAAAAGAACCAGCUGCAGGUGGAGCAGCACCACCACCAGCACCUGCACCCCCACAGCCUGCAGCUGGGACACUCCAGCCUGCAGCACUCCCUGCCGCUCAGCCUGCAGCGCCCCCCCUCCUCCAUGCAGAACGGGGCUCCGCCCAGCAGCAGCGUGCUCACCGUGUCUCAGGUCACGCCCAUGCAGAGUUCUCUGGCGUACAGCCAUCCUGGCGAGCCUCCCGCCAAGCAGAACAACUGUGAUAUCAUGGAGCUGCAGCCCAGUUGUGCUGGAGGCGGAGGUGAGCAGACUGUCAGGCUUAAAAUCAGCACCAGCCCCGCGCUGGCCAAGCCGGCCGUCAAGGCCAGCGGCUGGAUGCGCCUGAAAAACAACAUGGCUCCAGUGGAGGCCAGGAAGGAGGGCCUGAACAACAACGUCAAGGCUGUUUCUGUGGAGAUGCUCUCUCAGGAGGGUAAAGGUCAGGAAGCAGGCGGAGGUGGGGAUAUAGAGGAGGGCGGGGUGUCCAGCAACAAUCCCCUCCGCAAGACAGACUCCUGCGACAGCGGCAUCACCAAGAGUGAGCUGCGGAUCGACCGGGCGGGGGAGGCACGAACCCCCGCCGCUGUCACCCCCCUCCUCCACAGCCCUCUCCCCGGAGGAGCGGGGUCUCCUCACCCUUUCUGCCCCAUCCCCGAGCAGGCCCUGCAGGCCGCGCUGCACGAGACCCGGUUGGAGCUCCGGGAGGACAUACAGACUCUGGGAGGCCGUCUGGGCGCCCUGGAGAGUCAGGUAGCUGAAAUUAUCAAACUGCUCUCAGACAAGAAGCGGCCGUCCACGGGGGCGCUGUCCGCCUCCACCACACCCAAAACCAAAAUCCAACGUCAGGACAUUUUCACCGUUUCUAGGCCUGUUUCUCCAGACUCAGAGAAGGACGACGGGCUCUGAAGAGAGCUUCACCAGUGGUGUAGGGAGUGUACUGGAACAUACAGUGAUCACAUGGCACAUUGUUCAACUACGAUCACGA